AUAUUUUAUAGAUCAUAUUUUUGGAUCUUUCUCUCUCAGUUUCACAAUUCCUCACGACUACUAUACAUCAUUCGAAAGCUGGACAAACAAACAUUGGUGAGAAAAGAUUGCUGGAUACCGCAGGAUAAACAUGAAAAACAAAAUCGUUUUUCUUUCAACUAACAAAAUUCUGCCAGAUCUUGUAGGAAAAAACUUGUGGAUUGAAUAAGUCCAAAAGUCUUGCGUUGUUUCUUACCCGAUCCCAGUACUUUAAUUUUGUCGAACUUCCACGUUGAAAAAUUAUCGAGAUUUUUAGAUUUUCAUCAAAAAAAUGAAAAUCAAGUAAAAAUUUCGAAAUGCAAAUCAGUCAACUCAGUUGUUGGUCCGAAUUCCCAAUAUGAUGUUUUUAUUGCAUAAAAGUUGAGUUUGUAUGGAGAAAAUUGAGAAUUACGAGCAGAAUUUUGGCAACUCUUUUCCGCUUUGAAUAUUUCAUACGAGAGAGUUAAAAAAAGUCCAUGAAAAAAUUCUCAAACUUUUUUUGCCUACAUCUCCAUCUUCAAAUCUCUCGAUCACGCCUUUCGCAUCUAUUUCCUUGAUCAUAAAAGUUGUUUUCGCUUUUUUUAAGGUUUUGCUUUACAAUACCAUCGUUGAUAGUGAUAGUAUUCACGGAAGCGUCACUUCGUUUAUAUAAUGCACUGGUACAUCAACCGGGUACUGUUGUCAGUUGGGAUGCGACAGGAUCAAUCGUUCGAAACAACAACAAUGAUCUUCGUCUCUGUUACGAAUUAACACUAUCAGUAUCCAAUACAGCGCCACAUGAUCGUUCAAUUCCGAUAUCGUUCCUUAUAUCAUCUGAUCAUUCUCAGCCAAUAAUUGAUUUUUGGCUUAGUAAAUUAAAAUAUGGUUAUAUGGUUAUAUGCUUCUAUCUGCUUCACAACGGAACCAAUGAUCGGUAUCAAUUACGAGAAAUAAAUAAUCACAAUCAAGAUGAUCCAAAUCAAGCUGAUCAAGAUAAUUGUGUCAUUUUCAACGAAGUAACCGUGCUGGAAACCAUAAACUCUGGCUUUAAAGCAAGUUUCACAGAAAUUUAUGAAAAUAUUGAAAAAUCACAUGAACAACAGCCACAAUCAUUAAUGACGGAUGAAGAUAGAAAGAAAACAGAUAGUAAUAUUAAAUUCAUUAAAUACAUUCUUAAAUGGUGUAUGCCGUCUGUUAUAAUUUGGUCAAAUUUAUUGGUUCAUCCAAAUAUCCAAAUACAACGAUCAAAUGCACAAUCAGAACGAGAAAUGGGGAUAACAAAAAUAGUCCAUUUAGGUGGAGUUGUGAACGGAAGAAUUGAUGUUGUAUUAGAUACAUUAAUUGAAAAACAAAUGGACACAAUCACGUUUUUUGCUGAACAUUAUUUUAUGAAUAAAUUAAAUCAACAAGUUCAAAUCAAAUCAAAAUUUGUCGCAGACUCAGGGGCAAGUCAUUAUGCUGCAUCUGUCAAUCCUGUACAACCGCCACCAAUCAAAAUUGAUUUGUCUCGUUAUACUGAUGAUGUACACAUAGCUUUAUCGAGUGCAUCAACUUACGAUUUUGUUAGUUAUUUGUCAUGGAAAGAUACUACAAAUUUGGAUAAUCUAUAUGGAUUCACACGUUAUUUAAAAACGUGA